AUGCAAAAUAUUGCCAAACGUCAAUCGAUGGAAUGUGGUUAUUGUUACUGCCGUACUGACGAGUUCGCUUCCAUCGUCUUUCAGAUCCGCACACCGACUGCAACGACGGUUGUAACAGCAACAGCGCAAACGCGAAGACCGGUACUGAGCGUACGUCGGCGCAAAAUCAAUUCACCGAACGCUUCAUCAGGUAUAGCCUACCAGACGGCUACGACUACAAUCCAAACGGCAACUACAACUACAACAGCAAACACGUUCGCUUCGAAAAAUGAUGAGCUACAAAUAACAACAACAGAAUUACCAACGACCUUUAAUAAACAGCAGCAGCAGCAACGUAAUCGAAAUAAACUGGUAACACCGGCCGCAACAGCAACAACCGAACUAACAGCACCAGCAACGAUCACAACAACACAGUUGUCAACAGCAUCAGCAUCAGCAGCAGCAGCAACAGCAAUUACUUUGAACAGCGAUAUUGCCAGUGGUGCCAGCAAUCAGAAGAGUUAUUUAAAUACAAAGUAUAGAGCAAAGCUUUCGGCAGCCACUUUGUCAACAGGCGCAUCGCCAACAAUAGUCACAGAAACACCAGCUAUCCAAGGAGCGGCAGCAGCUACAGCAGCAGCCACCUCUGUCGUCAAUGACAUCAUACAAAACGCUAAUGCCAACACCAAACAACCGUCGACUGUGUUGCGACGAAAAUUCCAAGCACGACGUCUUAUUACAACAACAACUGCAAAUCCCACAGAUGAUAAUGCUACCGAACAGCCUCGCACUCAGAACCCACUCUUCAAGCGCCGCUUUUCGCUCACCGCCAACUCUCCUUUCACGGUCGGUACAAUAAUUUCAACAAGUACAAUUGCGCCUACUGACACGCUCACCACAACACUCUUCGUAGAUGGGUUCGAUGUCGAUGAUGCCAGUGAUCAAGUGGCAAAAUCGAGUGUGCAUACCAAUCGUUUCAAUCAAUUUGUCCAGCAUUCCGAAGACAAUGAAGAACUACUUUCGCGCCGAGAAUUAACCAGCGGCAUCAAAGCAUCGCCAUUGAAGCCAUCACUUACAACCAAAUCAAAUUCGCCAAUUGAGCCAAAUCACACGUUUGUGGAAUCUUUCACACGACGCAUGGGUACCAUAGCUGCCACCACUGAAUUUACUGCUCCCAAACGAAAGUCGGUCGGUGUUAAGCAAAGGCCACAAAAAUACACACCUCCGACACCGCAAACGCCCACAGAACCAACAACAACGAGGCGCGGUCAGGCUGUAAGCCGUAGACGCCCCAACAAAUAUGCCGCCGGCGAUACUUUCGAUAGACUAAACGGCAAUCAAGCGGCGCCAGCAAAGACACCCAGCCACAGCAGCCAACGACAGGUUGUGGACUACGACUACUAUGACGAUGAUAAUGAGCGCGUCAUUGGGAAUACGGAUGGACAACAGUUGAAGGUGAUUUUACAUGGACGCGGCAUAAUCGAGUGUCUGGAUCAAGGCAAUUUUCCGCAUCCACUCUCAUGCCGGAAAUUCAUUUCCUGCGCGAAAUUCGAAACGGGCGGAGUGGUGGGCUGGGAAUAUACCUGUCCGAAGGGGCUGAGCUACGACCCAGUAGGCGGUAUGUGCAAUUGGGCGGCUGGUCUCGGUUGUAAGGAGUGAUUGUCAGCAACAGCAGAUUCAAAUUAAUAGAUUUGCAAAAACAUAUGAACACAAACGAUGUACUUUAUGAUGUUUUAUAUGUAUGGAUAUAAAAAAGCACAAAUAUGCAACCGGCGAAUAAAUGCAAUACAAAUACUCAUUAAAAUAUCACAUUUGGAGAUUGACUUCCCUGAAAAAACGCAUCCUCAUUUCACUUAACAAAACUGAUUUCAUUGAAAUUCAUGGAGAUAUUUUAUAGUUGUAAUAAAUUUUUGUGAUUAUUGUUUCUUUCUCCGUAGUAGUCUAAGAAUAACUUUAAGUUUAAGCUAAAACUGUUUAUACGUAUUUAGUUGAUUGUUGACAAAUUAUUGUAAACAAAUAUUUAAGUAGAAUUAUUUUUAUUUUUUGGAUUUUUUCACACU